CUACGAGGUGAAUCAUCAUCUUCCCCGCCUCACAAUCUCACUUUUUCUCUCUAAAUCAACUGCACAAUAAAAAACAAUACAGAUACAAUGGAUACCUUUUAUGAAUGUGUCUGAAAAUCCCCUGGUGCUUGGAGCUGCGAUAAGAUUAUGAUAGUGGGUCUCGGGGGGAAGGUUUUGUAGGCCUCCACUCUCAGACGACUCCUCAGUGCAACGCCAACCAGCAAGCCGGACGGUACUCCAGUUUUUAAAACAAGACCACAGCACAAUCGAAAACACAGACAUGGACAGCAAGCAGCCUCCACCAUACAGCGAGCAGAGCGGAUUCACCCCGGCACAGACAUAUCAACCAGGUGGUCCCACACAGCCGCCAUUGUACCCACCCAUGCCACAGCCGCCCCAGCAAUCCACGGUGAUCAUUCAGACGACGACGACCUCCAAUCUGGUGCCGAUCGGCAGCGGCCCCACCCGCAUUCGCUGCCCCUCCUGCCACGCCGAGGUGCUGACCACCGUGAAGAGCACCCCCUCGGGACGAACCCACUGCUGGGCGAUGAUCCUGUGCCUGUUCAUCUGCUGGCCCUGCGUGUGCCUGCCCUACUGCAUGGAUUCCUGUCAGAACGCCAACCAUUACUGCCCCAACUGCAGCGCAUACAUCGGCACUUUCGAGAACUAAUGUUCAUUUCUAUGUACGAGCCCCAUCCAUUAGCGUCAUACUAUGUACUAUAAUCAACUGUAAAUAUAUUUGUAUUAGCAUCACAAGAAGACACAUUAAACACAAGAUUCCAACAGGAAAAGAAAAUGCGAUAAA